UCACUUGUUUUUGAUUUUCAGUCAGAAACGACGAACGUCGAGACGUGCCGUAUUGUUGGGUAAAGGAGGUGUUUCAUAUCGACCAUAUUGCAGAGUAUUAUCAAAAUCCUAAAUAAAAAAACAUGGCCUCAAUAUUGAGAACCGGUAAAUUUCUGCGAUAUUUUGCUGGUUUUACGCGAAAUGUUGUCGUGAAUACGGUACGUGAGCCGGAUAGCAGCUCUCUGCUUCAGAAUACCACAUGCUUGUGCACACAAUUCCAAAAUGGCUUUGCCAAUGGUCCAGCCGCAGCACUCAAAGCUGAUCUCAGUUUGGACAAACAGAUCAAACGAUUGGAUCAAGAUGUUCGCCGCAUGGGACGUAUAUCGCGACGAGAUAUUGAAGAUGUUCUGGAAGAGAUUCGUACCCAACGCUCAGCUACCAGUUCUCAGUCGUUGUUGGUCAUCAGAUGCUGCGGCAAUUUGGUACCCGAGGAAUUGCCUGAAGUUCGUACAGCAUUGGUACAGGAAAUAUGGAAGACAUUGAAUGCCCUGAAUGUGCCCAUGGAUAUUUCGCACUACAAUGCUCUGUUGCGUGUCUAUUUGGAAAAUGAACAUGAAUUUUCCCCGGCAGAUUUUCUGGCUGAAAUCGAAUCAAAGUCAAUUGAACCAAAUCGUGUGACAUACCAACGUUUGAUUGCACGUUAUUGUCAGCAAGGAGAUAUUGAUGGUGCCACCCGUAUUCUGGAGCAUAUGAGAGCGAAAAACUUACCCGUCAACGAGGCCGUUUUCAAUUCAUUGAUUUUGGGACACUCACAGGCCGGUGACAUGGAAUCAGCCAAGGGUAUUUUAUCCGUUAUGAAACAAGCUGGCUUGGAACCCAGUGCUGACACCUAUACCACCUUGCUGUGCUGUUAUGCCAAACAUGGUGAUAUGGAGAGCAUCAACAACACAUUGGCUGAAUGUGAAAAGAAUGAAAUUCUACUGCUGGACAAAGAUAUCCUUGAUGUUAUUUAUAAUCUUGCCGUUAAUGGUCAUGGUGAUAAAAUUGAUGGUCUUCUAACGAAAUUCCAUCGUUCGGCUGGUUUCAAUCAGGAUUGUGCCAAUAUCAUUUUGAGAUUGACCAACAAUGGUUAUGAGGAUGUGUGCCUGAAAUUGUUGCGCAUAAUGCCACGUGGCAAUCGUCCUGAUGGUACACCCGUGGAUGUGGGUACAUUUUUCAUACGCCAAUUGGUAAAGGCAAAUCGGCCGGUGGAGAAGAUUUUGUCCGUUUGUAAGGUUUUGCAAGAUGAAGGUUUAAAUACCAAAGCUCUUAUGGUGGCCACCGAGGCUGGCCUCACCCAUGGUUUGGUCAACAGCACAUUGCCUUUGUUAACGGAAAUGAAAAAUGCCGGUAUACCUGUUAGACAGCACUAUUUCUGGCCCCUAAUCUGCUCCGUGGAACCAAAUCAAAUUGUUGGCAUUCUCCGGAAAAUGCAGGAAGAAUUCAAUAUGCCACCAUCAGCGGAAACCAUACGUGAUUAUGUUAUACCCAACCUCAAGGAGAAGAAUUCCGAUAAAAUCAUUACCCUAUUGCGUGACGUUGGCGUGGCAAAUGGCACAGCUGCUGCUGCUACUUGUUGUGCUGCUCUUGCCAACAAUCAAAUCAAAGAGGCGGCAACCAUAAUGGAAAACUACAAUGCCACCUAUAAUAUCCAAACCUUCCGCCAGCCUUUGAUUCAAGCAUUUGGCAAGGUGCAAAACUAUGAUGCAUUUGUUCAGUGUGCUCGCCAGCUAUAUGAAAGUGCCCAAAAGAAGUCGCCAAAUGCCACCACCUCUGCUGGCACAAAGUCCGAACAAACUAACGAUGAAGCCGAAACCGAAGAACUAGACUUGCCGAUCGACAAUAAAGGAGGCGUUGAUGUUGUAGGGGAUUUAGUUGUGGAUGUUACCUCAUAUUUCCGCACAGAUCGUGUAAAGGUUUUGGAACGUUUAUUGCCAAAAUUGGUACAAACUGGUUUCACCAUAAGCAAUCAAAAUGCUGAGAAGAUAUCUGAUAAACUGGGCUCAGAAAUGACAACUGCCAUAUCGGAAAAUUUGGGUAAAUUGUCUUCGGGUGAAUUGGAAUUGGUUCCAUUGAAGAAUGCUCCCAAAAAACGUGGCCUAGAAUCAUUGACGGUAGAAGAACUUGAACGUUUCAUUUCCAAUUUGGAAGCCAAGGGUGAAAACACAAACCACAUUAAACGCCAUUUAUUGAAUGCCUGUUUCCGCAGCAAGAAACUUGAAAAGACAUUGGAAGUUUUCGAACGUUUACAAAAGGAAAAUUACAGCAUGGGUUCCGGUAUAUAUGCCCAAUUGAUUGAUUUGUACACCUAUCAUGAACGUGUAUCUGAUGCCAUUGAAACUUACAAUAAAAUUAAGGCUAAGGAACCGGAAUUCCGUUUGGAUAACCUUAAAACAGUUGGUAUUGUUGAGGUGCUACUCAAAGAAGAGCGCUUCGAUGAUGCUUUGAAAUUUUUGGAUGAGAACAAAAAAUCCCAACCUGUAGACGAGAGUGAAAAUAACUACACUAAUGCUUCUAAAGUUUGGCGUAUAUUAAACGGUUUGGCUGAAACUGGAAAUGCCGAUAAAUUACAGAAAAUGUUCGAUGCCUUUGUCAAGGGUAACUUUAUUCUACCCACAAAUGUUAUCUUGGGUCCAUUGAUUAAGGUCCACUUAGUCAACGACAACAUACCCAAAGCCAUGGAGGCCUUUGAAAAACUUUGUGACGAAUACAAAUCAACGCCUUGGAAAAAUGAAUUGGCCCGUCGCCUUAUUCAGGCAGAAGAUGCCAACAAUUUGCAGAAACUCACCGAUCUCAGUACCAAUAUACAUGGUGAAAUCAACAGUCUUUACGAUUUGGUAUUCUCAUUUGUGGAAUGCGGUCGUGUUAGACAAGCUCGUAAAAUUUUGGAAACACCUGGCUUGCGUACUAGACCACAUCGUAUUGACACAGCCUGUGAACGUUACAAGAAAGAGGGUAUGGUAGAACCAUUAGAGGGCCUAAUCGAGGCCACUCGUGAUCUUAACCACAUCGAUCGCAAUAAGAUCUAUUAUAGCCUUUUGCAAAGUUAUUGCAAGACUGAGGAUACAGACAAAGCUUUGGGUUUGUGGACCAAGAUGCAAGAAGAAAACAUUACACCCAAUGAUGAUUUCCUUGUUAAAUUGGCUGAGCUAUUGGAAUCCAAGAAUAUUCCAGUACCAUUUGUGGUAGAAACUAAACAGACAAAACGUAAAUCGAAAAUUGCCGCCGUAGCAAAGGCGGCUGAGGAGUCUGUUAAAAAGCCUGUAACGGCAAGCGAAAAAUCUGCAAAGAAACCAGAAGCAGUCGCUAAACCCGCUGAACCAAAAACCCCCUCCAAUAUUUCUCUGCUACGUAAAGCGCUGAAAAACAAUGAUUUGGAAGCUGCCCUUGAAGCCAAAAAUAAAUUGAACGCCAACGAACAACCCUCUCUAAUGGAUACUUCACAUUUGAUUGAACAGCUGGUGCGUGCAGGACGCCUAAGCGAAGCCACAAAAUAUGUCAAUGAAAUGUUGGCCUCUAAAUUGUAUCCCUUACCCAAAGUUUUCAAAUUCUAUUUGAAUCGUAUUGCCAACAGCGGUGACUUGGAGACAAUGCAAAUGAUUGGACAACAGCUCAAUGAGGAACAGAAACGUGUAAUUUCCUUUGACAAUCGUUAUUGCCAUGCCAAUAUUGUGGCCGGCAAGGGCGAACAAUAUUUCAAGAAAUUAAGUGAUGAUCUUGCUGCCACCAAAACACCAGAAGAAGUUGCCAAAUUGGCUGAGACAUUCCCUCGUGGCGGUGCUUUGGGUAUUUUGGACAAACAUCCCGAACUGGAGGAUCAAUUCCAAAAAUUGGCCGAAAGCUAUGCAAAACACAAUCAAUUGGGUCCCAUGAAUGUCUUGUGGAUUCAUCACAUUUCCAAGGGCAACGAAGCCGUUUCGAAAUCGAUCUGGGAAAAAUAUCUAUCCAGUGCACCACGUUUGAUGUUCCAACGUGUUCUACAAACCGCUCGCGACCAAAACGAUGAUAAGCUGGCCGAAAGUGUCAUUAGUCAAUUACGUGAUUCGAAAAUUUCGGAAGGAGCCAUUGGUAAUGCCUAUUCCUGUUUAAUCGACAUCCAAACGGCUAAAGGCAAUUCAGGCAAAGCUUUGGAAACCCUUAAGACCGCCAUUAAGGAUGUGUGUUUGGAGCACAUAAACCGUACUGCAUUGUUGCGUCUCAAAACUGCUUUGGAAGCCGAAAAGAAAGAAUUCCCCUAUACCAUACCCGAAAAGAAGGCAACUACCAAGGGUCAGUCAUCUUCAUCGUCUUCGUCGAGCAGUGACGAUGAUGUUUCACCAAAACGACCCGAAACUAGACCUACAAAACCAUCUCAAAAGGAUGCCUAAAAUGCUUUAAUCUAAGUUUUGUUUUUAAAAGUAGUAGUUGUUAUAAUUAAUAAUUUUCUUUAUCUAUUUUUUUCAUUAUACAUUAUGUAUAAUUUAUGCAUUAAAAAUAACGCUAUGUAAUUGCUAAGUA